UGGGGACCACGACGUCAUCCGGACACGCAACGAUGGCCUCGACGACAGAGCUAGAGACGCAGGAACUGUCACAGCUGCAGUUCAACUCAAGCUCCCGCCCUUCUGGCCUGCUGAUCCAGACGUCUGGUUUGCCCAGAUUGAGGCGCAGUUCAGCAUAACUGCGUAGAGGACGAAAUAUGACUACGUGGUCGCUUCACUAUCACCCGAAAGUGCGCGACAACCCAUACGACAGCAACUCAUUCUGCGAACCUGCCUCCCCGAGCAACGCAGACUCCAGCAGCUUCUCCACUCCUUGGCCUACAACCAAGUCGCCUAUUUUACAUUACAGACCGAGACACAGGCCUACGUUUCCUCAUCGAUACGGGUGCUGAAAAGCGUCAAUCCUUGUGGCACCGAUGCAUAACAAUGUUCAUCUUGCACCGCUGCCCCGCUGGGUCCCGGUGUUGCUGCUUCCGGAGAGGGAGAGGAGGGACAGGGAGAUCUGGGGUGGUGUGGACGGAGAUGAGGAGAAGGAGGGGAGGGAGGACUGGGAUGGUGGUGGGACAGCUGAAGGAGGAAAUAAUAUUAAAAACCCACAGUCUCUCUCAGUGCAACGCAACAGCCCGCUCACCAAUAAUUUUGUUAGUUGCUCACUCUUGCUUGGUAAAGUUGGUGUUUCAAUCUCUUGAUGUCCUCUUCCACUUGCCUGAGAGAGAGAGGUCACAGUAUAAUGAAAAUCACUGAAGUGCAAACCCUCGGCGCACUGUGAUGCGCACGCGUAAGUAAACGC